UUUGUCUUUUACUCUUUCCCUCCUAAUCAACAGAGGCAAUUACUCACAGGACAACUCCAGGGACCAGCGCUAGAGGAAGUCUGCACCUGGCCCCCCUCAGAGAAGGCGACUGUAGAGCAGAUCUUUGAAGAACUGUACCAGAAAGAUGAAGCUCCUUCUAUUCGCGCUGUUGAGCCAAGCUCUGCUUUGUGCCUCGGUCUUUAGUCAGACAACGCAAACGGCCCAGAAAUCUACGGAUUCUUCCCAAAAAAUAGUGUCUUCUCUAGACACAUUUAUAGGGAAGCUCUACAAACAUCUGGAUGCUGCCGAGCCCAAUAAGAACCUGUUCUUCUCCUCAUAUAGUAUUGUGGUGGCAUUUUAUCUACUCUCCCUUGGUGCCAAGUCUAACACCCAUCAGCAAAUCUUCGAAGGACUUAGUUUGGACACCUCAGUGAUCGCAGAAGAAGACAUCAAGAAGGGCUUCCAGGAUCUCCUGCAGGACACCAACCAACAUUCCACCAGCAUCCAACUCAACACCACCAACGCUUGCUUUAUUGACGAGAAACUCAAACCCCUCAAGAAGUUUCUUGAUGACUUGAAGUUGUUCGAAUCUGAAGUCAUCUCCACCGAUUUCGAAAAGACGGAGGAAGCAAAAGACAAAAUCAACAAGUACGUGGAGGAGAAAACCAAUGGACUGAUCAAGGAGUUGUUGGACAGUCUCGAUUCAGACACAAAGUUGGCUCUCGUAAACAUUAUUUAUUUCAAAGGAACCUGGAAAGAUAUCUUCAAUAAGAAUCAUACACACGAAGAAGAUUUCCAUGUGGAUGAGAAGACUGUGGUGAAGGUCCCGAUGAUGAGUAGAGAUGGAGUCUACCCUGUGGCCUUCUUACCUAAGAUUGGAUGUACGGUGGUGGAGGUCCCCUAUAAAGGCAAUGUCUCCGCCAUCUUUAUUAUACCAGAUGAAGGAAAACUCAAAGAUGUGGAGAAAGCUUUUCAGGAAGGAUCAUUGAAGACAUGGAUGAAGGAGCUGAAACCAAUGAGGAUCUCACUGUCAAUACCCAAAUUUACAACUUCUGUCACAGUCGACCUUACAGAAGUGUUACCUGAAUUAGGCAUUAAGGACGCGUUCUCCGACAACGCCGAUCUUUCUGGGAUUACUGGAAGUCGUAACUUCAAGGUGUCAAAGGCCACACACAAGGCAGUGGUGAGUGUGGAUGAGGAGGGCACCGAGGCCGCCGCGGUCACCGCUAUUGGGAUCAGCGUACUUAGCCUCCCACCUCAGGUCAAAGCCAAUGUACCUUUCCUGAUGUCCAUCGUAGAUAAAAAUACUAAUGUCCAUCUCUUUACUGGAAGAAUCAAGAACCCAAAAGAAUAAAUGUCUCUGAGUGUAACGUGGUAAUAAAGAGCAACAUCGUA